AUGCCCCUAGCCCUAGCGGCUCAAACCCCAGCAAGCGGAGGCUUGGCGGAGGCUCUUGGAGAAUUCCCCAAAUGCUCGUUGCCAUGUCUGGCCGAAUCCUUGACCAAGACGAAGUGCGAUGCAGCCGACACUGGCUGCAUUUGCGCUGAUCAGCCGCUGCAAGACGCUGUGGCGGUUUGCGUCUUGCAGAAAUGCACGGUUCAGGAAGCCUUGUCUGUCAAAAAUAUUACCGACACAGUGUGCGACGUACCGGCCCGCGACCGAAGCAGAAAGUACACGAUCGUGUCGAAUACCCUGGGCAUUAUUUCUGCGCUCUUUGUCAUUCAGAGAUUCGCGUACAAGCUCUGGGCGGGUCUGGACUUUGGCUGGGAUGACUGGUUUUGCCUGAUCACCAUCCUCAGCGGCAUCCCGGCGACGGUCUUCAACGCGCACUGGCUCCCGCAGAACGGCAUGGGCCGCGACGUGUGGACGCUGACGCCGAGCCAAAUCACAAAAUUCGGUCUCGGUUUCUACGUUAUUGAGGUACUGUACUUUCAACAAGUCGCGACUUUGAAGCUGUCACUGCUUUUCUUCUACGUCCGCAUCUUUCCCAGCCGAUCAGUCCGUCGACUGCUGUGGGGUACUGUAGCCUUUGUUUCAAUCUGGGGCAGCGUGUACGUCUUUCUUGGUAUAUUCCAGUGUACACCAAUUCACUAUUUCUGGAUGAAAUGGGAUGGUAUCCAUGCUGGGCACUGCAUGGACAUUAAUGCGCUUGGCUGGUCCAAUGCAGGCAUGAGCAUUGCGACGGACCUAUGGAUGCUUGCCAUUCCUAUGUGGCAGCUCAAAACCCUACAGCUGGACUGGAGACGGAAAGUCGGCGUCGGUAUGAUGUUUGGCGUGGGUACUUUUGUAACCGUGGUCAGCAUCCUCCGUCUCCGCUCCCUCGUCACCUUCGGCGCGGACUCCCAGAAUCCGACGUGGGAGUUCUUUGACGUGGCUUUGUGGUCGGAUAUCGAAAUCAAUGUUGGCUUAAUAUGCACUUGCAUGCCCUCUUUACGUCUGCUGCUAGUCCGCUUGUUCCCCAAGGUUCUCGGUACUACGCAGCGCUACUAUGCGAAAUACUCCCACUCUGGCAACAAAUCAGCACAUGACAGAGAGCCGCGUAGGUUCGGCACCGUGUCGACUUCGAGGGCAGAACAGGACACUUUUCAGGGGCGCCACGAGCUAAACCAGAUCUCGUAUCAGAAGAGCUACACCGUCGCUUAUGGCGACACGGAUGAUGUUGAGCUCGUCUCCGGUGCCAGUGAAAUGGACGUGAGAAGUGCAAAAUCAUUAGCAUCCAUUUCUGCGCGAGAAAGCUCCGAGAAGGUACAUCGCACUCUAUAG